UUGCGGUCAAGGAAUUUACAUGACACAAACUUGAAUGUUUAAUCCAGAGGCGGCGUCUGGGGGCGUGGUUAGGGUAGGUCACGUGGUUUAGGUGCAGGUUUCCUGCCUGUAUUCCCUGCAUGUGCGGGUUCCUCUGUGGUAACUUGUUUGAGAAAGCAGAGGAGUCACAAUGGACUUCAAUCUGGAGUCAGCUUUAGGUGGGGAUGACGAUGUGGUGAAGAAGGACGAGGCUCAGAAGGAUGAGUUAAGUUUAAGAAAGAAUAAGGACAAGGGGGACUGCAAGGGCAAGUCCGACAGCAAAAACAAGUCUGGAAGUAAGGACAAGUCUGACUGCAAGGACAAGUCCGGUAGUAAAGACAAGUCCGACAAAAAGCACAAGUCAAAGGACAAAGGUAAAGACGACAAGAAGGACAAGAAGAAGCACAAGGAGAAAAAGGGACACAAGGAGGGAAAAGAAUCAGGCUCCUCAUCUUCAUCCUCCAGCGAUGAUGAGAAGUGAUGCUUCCUGGGGGACCGGAGUGCUCUGUUAGUCUCUUAUGAUCUUGUCCAUUGCCAAAGUGUGUGUGUGGCGAGUGUGCAGUAGCGCCAACUUCUCUUCAUGUUCUUUCACUGGUGUCACAGAAAUAUGUUGCUUGUGUAAACAAAUCUGAUUACAAGAAUUAAAUGUUGUAACAACAAACAAAA